AUGAGACUUGGAAGAUGGUUUGCUAUUUUGAGCUCAAAAUUAUGCUCAGAUACAGAUGUAACUAAGUUGGAGAGAAGUCUUGAUGUAAGGGUCACAUUAAGACGACUCAGGAGUUACAGACCCACAAUAGGUGACACAGUUCAUUAUUCAUUUUUGUCAAUGAUUCUAUUGUAUUCAUAUUUUGCUAAUCCACUACCAUUCAUUGUGAAAACAUUGAUAGCGAUGAUUUUAAUGACUCUGUUUGUCGUCCCGAUGACAUCUCAAUUUUUCUUUAAUGCACUUCCAAUAUUGACAUGGCUAAUCUUGUAUUUUACAUCAUCACAUAUUCCUAAUAGUCAUAGACCUUCAAUUUCUGUUGAGGUGCUUCCUGCCAUUGAAACUAUCCUGUAUGGCGAUAACUUAAGUGAGAUUUUGGCUGCAUGGCAAAAUACAAUUCUAGAUAUCCUAGCUUGGAUUCCAUAUGGUCUGUUUCACUUUGGCGCACCAUUUGUGGUUGCAAUUGUUUUAUUUAUAUUUGGACCACCGACAGUUCUUCAGGGUUAUGCGUUUGCGUUUGGUUAUGUGAAUUUAUUUGGGGUGUUAUUCCAAAACAUAUUUCCCGCCGCGGCUCCUUGGUAUAAAAUACAUUAUGGACUCCAAGUUGCAAAUUACAGUAUCAAAGGUAUGCCUGGUGGACUUUCUAGAAUUGAUGAUCUUUUGGGUGUGAAUUUAUAUUCAAGUGGUUUUAAGAACUCUGCUGUCGUUUUUGGAGCUUUUCCUUCUCUUCAUUCUGCAUGUGCAACUAUGGAAGCACUCUUCUUCUCAUAUUGUUUUCCAAGCUUGACACCGCUCUUUAUUUUCUACGUUUGGUGGUUAUGGUGGUCUACAAUGUAUCUUACUCAUCAUUAUUUUGUUGAUCUAACAGCAGGUUCUGUUUUGGCUUAUUUCAUAUUUCAAUAUACCAAAUACACACAUCUACCUAUUGUUGAUCCAAAUCUGCUCUUCCGUUGGUCCUACGACAGUAUUGAAUUUUACGAUGUUAAGAACAAUGACCCUUUAUCCAUUACAAAUAACGAUAUAGAGAGUAUACCUCUAAACACCAUUGAACUAGAUACAGAAGAAGUGUUCAAUAUUGAGCGGGAAAAAUCUAGGACACCAGAAUUGUCACAUGCAGUGUCUUCAUCUUCUCUAGCUAACGGUCGCUCUCAAACAUAUCCAAAUACUGGAAAUACAUUCAAAUCCAAGACAAGACUGAGUAAACUGGUCAUUUAA